CACCACCACUACCAGUUAAUAAUUAAUCUAAAAGAAAGUUUGACAACCACCACCACCACCCAAAGGCCAUCAUGGAUGAUCUUGGCUCCAUUCAAGCCUAACAUCAAUAUGGAUACAAGCAGUAACAUCGAGAUGAAGAUUCACGUCUCUAACUUUAGUUACACAUCUUUUUGAGAAAUCGAUACUAUUUUCUAGAAAAUACAAGAUUAGAAUGAAUAAUGGGUUCUUGGUCGUUGUUAGCAGCAUCUUCACAAGUUCAUGUAGCAGUGGUUUCUCAAAUUCUGAGUUUUCUCGUUUUCCUCUUCUUUUCUAAAGGAACCUUGGGGGUUACUUUUAAUAUUGUAAACGACUCUCCGAGUGUAUGGCUUGGUAGUAUAUGGGGUCAGACAGGUUGCAACUAUAAUAGGUCAGGUAAAUGGUCGUGUGCCACAGGUGACUGCAGAAUCAAUGGCACCAAUGAUAUGGCUUGUAGUGUAUAUGAUGUAACGAUACCCGCCACAGUUGUUGAUUUCAGAAUCAAUCAAACCCAAAUCCACAGCCAGGAUUUUUAUCAUGUCAACAUUGCCCAGGGCUACAAUUUGCCAAUACUUGUGGAGGCGACUUCCGGUUCAGGUUCCAGUUUACGUAGUUGUGCUAAGACGGGAUGUGUUGAAGACUUGAAUCAGCGGUGUCCAACCGAGCUAAGUUCAGCCGAUGGAAAGGUGUGUAUGAGCGCUUGCAUGGCCUUUCACUCUCCAGAGUAUUGUUGCAGUGACUCUUUCUCGUCACCCUCAUCGUGCAAGCCAACAGCAUAUGAUCAGUUGUUUCGAUCAGCGUGCCCAAGAUCUUUUACGUAUAGUACCCCGUCCGAUCUAUGGGAUCUACAGACUACUACAUUUACUUGUAAUGGUGCCGAUUACACCAUUAGAUUUUGUGCUGCUGCAGAUUCAUUUUCAACAAUCAAACUUGGUGGCCAACUCAAGUCUACAGACCAGCUUGUUUCGGUGCGUGGAAAUUUUACAUUAGGGUUCUUUGGUGAAGAUUACAGUUACUUGGGAAUUUGGUACACAAGCGAUGUUCUAUCCACAAAAGUAUGGGUAGCUAAUCCAAAUGCACCGAUCAUAUCCACCCCAGGCACUCAUACCCUAUCCAUCAGUGCCAAAACCGGAGACUUGGUCAUCAGUGCAGGAUCCAAAACUCUAAUGAGAAUCACCGAUGUUAAACUGGGUCCAAACGCAAAUGUGACUGCAACCCUCGAAGAUAAUGGUAAUUUCCGGCUGAUUAACCAAGUUGACAAAAGAGUUUUGUGGCAGAGUUUUGAUCACCCAACCAAUGUACUUUUACCUGGCAUGAAGCUUGGGUAUGACAUGACAGCAGGCCAGAAUUGGACUUUGACUUCUUGGUUGAGCAAUGAAAACCCUGAAUCAGGACCUUUUACUCUGAGUUGGGAACCCACUCAAAAAGGAUCCCAGAGAUUAAUGAUUCGACGACGAGGACGACCCUACUGGACUAGUGGGAAUCUAAACAACAAAAUAUUUCAAUAUAUGUUUGCAUUGAAUGGCCCAGGUAGUCAAUCCAUGUAUAAUCUCACUUCUGUAUACAACAAUAAAGCAAGAUACUUUAGCUAUGACGGUAAUAUUGCUGCUUUACCCAUGUGGAUUUUAACACCAAAAGGCCAAAUUAGAGAUAUUAAUAAUGCUACUGCUUGGAGCCCUGAGUUUUGUUAUGGAUAUGAUUCUGGUAAUGGUUGCAUGGAGUCGAGUUUACCUCAGUGCAGGACAGAGAACGAUAAUUUUAGUAAAAAGAAUGGGGAUUUUGCUCAAGAUAGGACAAAAAGUGCAACUGAUGGGAACUCAAGCUUAAGCAUUAACGAUUGUUUUGAUAAGUGCUGGAAUGAUUGCAAUUGUGUGGGGUUUAGUAGCAGUACCAUCAAUGGAAGUGGUUGUGUAAUUUGGACAGGCAAUCGAAAUACAGGAAACAAAACACAAAAGAGCAAGAAUUGGAUAUGGAUAUCCAUUAGUGUUUCCAUCACUCUUGUUUUCCUUUGUUUUGGGGCUUUAUGGUAUAUAAAGAAGAGGAAGCGUAGACAAAAAGAAUACAAAAGACGGAAGAGAGAUGAAUAUUUCGUGGAGCUGACAACUUCUGAAAGCUUCAAGGAUGUACAUCGACUUGAACCGGAUGGUGUGAAAGGAAAUGAUUUGCUAUUGUUUAGCUUUGCCUCUAUCAUGGCUGCCACCAAUGAUUUCUCAAUUGAAAAUAAGCUCGGACAAGGUGGUUUUGGACCUGUUUACAAAAGUUACGCUACUGGAAAACUAAGUGAUGGGCGAGAAAUUGCAAUCAAAAGGCUUUCAAGAACGUCAAGUCAAGGGCUUGUGGAAUUUAAGAAUGAACUAGUGCUCAUAGCUAAACUUCAGCAUACAAAUCUUGUUCGAGUUCUUGGUUGUUGCAUUCACGGAGAAGAAAAGAUGUUAAUAUAUGAAUAUAUGCCCAACAAAAGUUUAGAUUUCUUCGUAUUUGAUGAAAACAGAAAGGCAGAGUUGGAUUGGCCUAAACGAUUUAUCAUUAUUGAAGGAAUUGCUCAAGGGUUGUUGUACUUGCAUAAAAUAUGCGAGCAGAACGAGACCGAGUCAAUGACUAACAGGGUGGUUGGAACAUAUGGUUAUAUGUCUCCUGAGUAUGCAAUGAGGGGGGUUUUCUCAAUCAAGUCCGAUAUCUUCAGCUUUGGAGUAUUGAUCCUGGAAAUCAUCAGUGGAAGAAGAAAUAGUAGCCUCUUUCAUCUUGAUGAGACAUUCAGUCUUAUUGGAUAUGCAUGGGUGCUAUGGCAACAAGGGGAUUCGUUGGAAUUGAAGGACCCGUCACUUGGAAAUACUUGUAAUGAACAACAAUUCUUGAGGACUGUUCAUGUUGCCCUUCUGUGUGUACAAGAGAAUGCAAUAGAUAGGCCAACAACGUCAGGGAUGAUCUCCAUGCUUCUCAAUGACUCCAUAUCAUUACCCACUCCAAACAGACCAACAUUUCUGAUAGGUGGAGGCGCCUCAAAGUCAACUUCAUAUGAAACCAAAGCAGAAGAUUUCUCUGUGAAUAAUGUGACCAUCUCUGUUGUUGGGGGUCGAUAGGGUAUGAACGUAGCUUCAGCAUAUCAUUCUUUGUGGAAAACUUUUCUGUAAUAUAAUUUAUAUUUAUUCACUUUUGUAGGAGAUGCAAAUCCAUUUUUCUAUACUUGUUAAUUGUUAUAUGCAUGCAGAAUUGCCACU